AUGGCAGCGACCACUUCGAGUGGCCGGAGCAAGGACGGCGUGCCCACAUGGGAUGGUGUCGCCGCCAGUUUUGAAGAGUUCUCCGAGCAGUGCAUGAUCUUCGAACAAAGCACCCCGUACCACAAAAGAUGUCUUCUGGGACCCAAGUUGCUGGGAGAAUUGACUGGUGCGGCCAAGAGAUGGGUGGCUGGACAGCCACCGACAUGGCUGUCGCACGACCAAGGUGUGGAGACGCUAUUGCAACACCUGCCGGUGUGCCUGGGACGCCCUCAGAUACCGGAGUUGACGGAGCACCUGAACCGAUAUUUCCGUCAAGGUCGACGCCGCCAACAGGAGUCGAUGAAUGAGUACAUCUCACGGAAGUGUGAGGUGUAUCUGAGAGCUUGUCAGGCGAUGAAGAGAGUGUCCCCACAUCACCAGCAGGUCGCCAAGGAGACCAGCCGAACCGGAGGAGGACACGUGAAUCCAGACGGUGGGCAGUGGGGCAGCUAUGGAGGCUGGCCCAACAUGAGUCGCCGGAGCAGCUGGGACUCGACGGGGCAUGAGGAAACAGAGCCGGAAAGCUCUGACUACGCACAAGGCGCCACCACGAACACGGACCCAAGCGGCACUACGGCACCCUCGCAGACCAGCGAGGCCUCGAGGGACGCCGGAUGGAACUGGACUCCAUCGUAUUGGUGGCAGCAGAACUACUGGUCAUGGGGAGGAAGCUGGCAGACCGGCUAUGGCCAGGGCUAUACGGGCUGGCAGCCAAAGCACAUGGCGGCGAAGCCGGAGCCCUUGCCAGAACUCCUGCCAGAGUUCGUCCAGGCUUGGUAUCUGCUACAGGAUGCAGGACUGAGCAGCUCGGAGAAGAACCUCAUCCUCACAGCGAUUCAGAACAACUUCACGGUGCAGAAGGUGGCCCAGGAACUGCGCACACAGUUUCCAGACAUUGAGAAUCGCCGGGGCGACGCCUCAAGUCGCCACUCCAGCUAUCUGGGUGAAGGCCCCGACGAGGAAGACGAGACGGUGGAGCUCGAUGAGGGUUUCAGCGUAGAGGAACUCGACGAGGAGGGCCAGAUCUUGUGGGCAGAGUCCGAGGCAGAAGUGCAUCAAGCAUGGGCCACCUACCAGAAUGCCCGGCGGACCUUACGAGAGGCCCGGGCGAAACAAUCGGCAGUGAAGUUGUCAAGGAAGUAUUAUCAAGGCAAAGGUGGAAAGGGCUACACACCGAAUGACGAGAACAUGAUCUGCAUGAAGUGCGGGAAGAAGGGCCACCGGGCAGCCAACUGCCGAUCAACAACCCAGGAGGCUACGAGAAGCGGCAGUGGACCGACGCAGUCGGCCCCCUUCAUCUGCUACACUGACCAGGCAUUGAGCGCCAGCGCCACCGGCGCAAUGGGCACCAAGAGCACUCGCGAGGCCGCGACAGAAGGUUUUGCCGUGAUCGACGGCGGAGCCACGAGGACACUGGGCAGUGUAGCAGCUAUCCAGAAGGUGAUGGACAUCAAUGCCAAGAAGUACGGCAGCCCUCGCAUCCAUUCCGUCAGCUUGGACAAUCGGCCAACCUUCGGUUUCGGGAAUUCCACAGAGGACCAAUGUGCCAGCACAGUGGAGCUGGGCAUUACCGCAGGACCCCGAGAAGGCCGACUGGUUGUGCAUGCGCUCGAUAAGGGCGAUACGCCGAUCUUGCUGUCAGUGGCAACCUUGCGGGCGCUGGGAGCUAUUAUAGAUUUCCAGCACGACAUGGUAUGUUUCAGAGCCAUUGAUGCGCAACAGGUGUUGAGCUUGGAGAGGUCUCAAGUGACGACAGAAGCCAUCACCACGGCACUUCCUAUAGGAUCCCGCCGCCUCCACACCAACAUGGCUUUGAUGAAGUUGCGCAAGGAGCAGCUCAAGGAGAAGUUGGCCGAGCUGGGCGAGCAGACGCCUACCAAGUGGACCAAGAAGGAGAUCGUGAUGCGGAUCCUGGAACUGGACCCAGCAGCCGGCGAGACACCGAAGAAGGUAGUGACCGACCUACAGAGCCGCAUUCGCGAGCUCGGAGUGGCGAGUCGAAAGAAGUCGACUCUGGAGGCCUACUGCCAACAGAUCGGGGUAGUGACCAGCUGCAACCACACGAUGUACACCCUCGAGCAGGCCGCCUUGCGCCGCUUGUACGACAUUUCGGAGCCUGCCGGAGAGGAUGUUGUGGGCUUCGGGAAGCACAGCACGGAGACCUACAUGGACAUUUACAGGGAGCGCCACAACUACGCAGACUGGGUCAAGAAGACGGCCCAGGAGACCGACGAAACGGAUUACCGCCUACGACGACUGGCCAAUUGGCUGGAGCGGCAGGCGGACAAGGAGACCGAGAUGAUUCCGGUGAACAAGCCAAAAGCGAAGGCGCGAGCACCCUCAAGUUCUCCGGCGAGCACGGCACGAGCAUCCACGGACGCGACCCACGAGCUCUUGCAGGCCAUGAUGACCACAGUGCAGGGGCUCCAACAGGAAGUCCAGGAGCUACGCGCCGAGAGACCUCGCAAGGAGGUCCGAGCAUCGAACAGCGAGACCGAGUCGGCGGCCAACUCCUACCAGAUGGCUUGGAGCUUAGUGCCUCAGAUGUUUCAGGAUCUUGUUUCUCAGCGUCGGCCAUAUGUUUUGGAAAUCAGCAGUUUGCCAGAGAGCAAGCUGACACCACGAGUGCAGGAACAGGCCGGAAGAGACAACAAGCUGUCCAGGCGUGGAUGGAAGGCGUACGUGCACUCUAAGGACGAGGGCGUUGAGGGUCUUUCGGAGGAUACGUACACUUCGGAGUUUGCGGAUCGAGUGACACAGAUGUUGUUGCAGGAGCACAACUACGUAGGAGUGCUGAGUGAGUUGCGAGGGAAGCCAGAACUGCCAGAGGCAUUUGGGAAUGGACUCCACUGCAUUUGUGAGCUUACGCAAGGUAGAGAGGUGUUGCCCGACGGCACCGAACGCGUGGGACAGCUCCACAAGACGAUGCACCAGGUGGUGCAGUUUCCGCCCAAGGUGUUGUCUCUGGCGAAAGAGUUCCGGUGUUCAGUGUGUGAAGAGAAGCGAAGGGUUCAGCCACGACACCUGGCCUCUUUGGAGCCACUUCCCCCGAAGUGGCAUUGCGUAAGCGCCGACAUUGGGCACUACUACAAUGUCCACAAGAAAGAACAUGUGCAGUUCAUGAUGAUAGUGGAUGAGGGAUCACGCUUCAAAGCGGCGCGAGUCCUGACAGUGGGCUCAAAGCAACAGCCCACAGGUGCAGCAUGUCUAGAGUACUUGAGGGAUGGUUGGAUAUCCUAUUUCGGGGCACCGCGGACGCUUCGCCUCGACCCAGCAGGCGCCUUCAGAGGCGCCGCGGUAGAGGAGUUCUGCGACAGGCACCAGAUUUUCCUGGAUGUGAUACCAGGAGAGGCUCAUUGGAAGGUGAGCGUUGUAGAGCAGGCCGUGAAAGGGACCAAGGAACUGCUCAGCAAACUACUAGAAGAUGAACCGGAGCUGGACACCCGAGAGGCCCUAGCUGUCGCAGUGCGCACCUUCAACCAGAGGGAGAUCAUUCGGGGAUUCACCCCGACGCAGCACGCUCUGGGCCAGGCGCCAGAUAUCUCGGGCCGGAUGGAUUUUUCUGGAAAGGCGAUGCCACCCGAGCUACUAGUAGAGAAUCCCACCGGCGAGUUCGCCAGGAGCAUUGAGCGACAGAGGACUGCGGAGCAAGCCCUCAGUGAGUGGCAGGCCAAACAACGCCUGUCUAGAGCAGCGCACUCUCGCGGAAGGCGAGUGCUAGACUUCGUGCCUGGCGAACUGGUGUUCUUCUGGCGAUCACAGGUAAGCGGACAAUCACGCCGCGAGCCUGGAGACCGCCAUGGACAGUUUCUGGGUCCGGCCCGAGUGCUGGCGACAGAGACAAAGCGAGAUGAUCAGGGACAUCUCAUGCCGAGUUCGUCGGUAUGGUUGGUACGUGGCCGCAGCCUACUGAAGUGCGCAGCUGAGCAGGUUCGAAGGGCCUCCGCGCGGGAGGAACUGAUCGAGUCUUUGAAUCAGACUGAUCCCGUACCGUGGACCUACACACGGGUCGCUGAGCAGAUCGGUGGGAGCAAGUAUCAAGAUAUUACUGAGGCGGUUCCAGAACACGAGUGGACACGAGCACAGGACGUGGAGCAGGAGGUACAGCCAACUAGACGACGGAUUGGACAGAAGCGAUCGCAAGACGAGGUGGCUCGCGCCACCUCCUACGGACGAGCUCGUGAUAACCGUGGAGAUGAAGACGGGGAGGAACCCCCGCCGAGGGAGGGUCAACGCGCGGCGGCAUCAAGGUCAUCCCCCUACUCCAGACCGAGCAAUUCGUCUGGCGGUCAAUGGUGGUCCGAGGUACAGGAGGCUUUGUGGAGCGACGACACAGCCUACUGGAACGAUCGGCAGGCAGCCAUCGAGGUGGAAGUGGCGCUACCAGAAAGCAAGCAGGGCUUGGACAAGGCCUGCAGAGACCUACCCACCUACUUCAUGAAUAGUAUGAAGAAGCGAGCCGUCGAGGUCAGUGAGAAGCGCUUGACAGAUGAAGAACGAGCGCUCUUCCGAUCCGCCAAACUGGUGGAGGUCAAGAACUUCGUGGCGGCACAGGCUUUUGAGACAAUUCCGGAAGGACAAAGGCCCUCAAAAGAGCAAGCAGUCAAUAUGCGCUGGAUAUUGACGUGGAAACAGAAAGAAGACGGCUCUGUCAAGCCGAAGGCUCGAGCGGUGCUGUUGGGAUAUCAAGACCCAGCGUAUGAACACCGCGCUACUACGGCACCUGUUAUGUCACGACAGACCAGACAAUUUGUAUUACAGAUAGCUGCCAAUCGGAAUUGGCGAGUCGCCAAGGGCGACGUGUCCGGUGCCUUUUUGCAGGGUAGAGAGUAUCCGGACACUCUGUACUGCAUUCCUUGUCCAGAGAUUUGCGAGGCCUUAGGCAUUCCACAUGAGUCGAUAACUCGACUCCGACGAGCUUGCUACGGCUUGGUAGACGCUCCACUAGAGUGGUACAAAACAGUCGACGAGUUUUUGGGUAGCCUACAGCUUGAGAGAACUUGGUCAGACGCUUGCUGUUGGGUGCUUCGCGAACAGGACACCGUGAUAGGUAUCAUAACUGGUCAUGUGGACGAUUUCUUGUUCACUGGAGAUGAGCAACACCCCAAGUGGCAACAAACCAUCAAAGCCAUCAAGGAACGCUUUCAGUGGGGUGACUGGGAUUAUGAUGACUUCGUUCAAUGCGGUGUGAACAUCAAGAGGACAGCCAGCGGCUUUGAGCUUUCGCAACCAAGGUACAUUGACUCAGUCAAAGAGAUACCAGUGAACGCUUCCAGACGGAAGCAACCUACGCAGGCCACCACCGAGCGCGAAAGAAGCCAACUAAGGGCUUUGUUGGGUGCCAUAUCUUGGCAUGCGCAGCAAGUGGCGCCGCACUUGAGCGCCGAGGUCAGCUUGUUGCUGUCUGAGGUCUCCCAAAGUGAUGGAGAGACUAUCGCUAAGGCAAACGCGUGCCUCCGCAGGGCACGCGCUGCCAAGGACCAUGUUAUGAAAAUCCAUGCUUUUAGAAAUGGCGAGGACCUCGGACUGUAUGGAUGGGUUGAUGCCGGUAACCAGAACAGGGUUGAUGGGUACAGUACUCAGGGUAUCUUCAUAGGAGUGGCGCCAACUACACUUCUACAGGGCGAGCUGUGCCCAAUCUCGCCAGUGGCCUGGCACUCAAACAGGAUUGAGAGAGCAUGCCGCUCUCCCGGGGCCGCUGAGGCCCAUGCGGCCAUCAACGGCGAGGACUCCUUGUUUUACGCUAGGUACCAGUGGCAUGAGCUACUACAUGGAGCAGGCGAUGUACGGAAUCCGGCAGCCGAUGUGGGCAGAGUACUGGGUUGCUUGAUAACAGACAGUCGCAACGUGUACGACAAACUGGUAACAGCUGUGUUAACCAUAAAAGGAGCAGAGAAGAGGACAAACAUCGAAAUGGUUGCCCUCAAAGAGAGCCAGGAGCAGACUGGCUUGAUCCUGAGAUGGGUGCACUCAGAGGCGCAGCUGGCGAAUGCUCUCACCAAACGGGGCAACUGCAAAGAGCUAGACUUGUUUUACAACAUGGGCCAUUGCUGGAAGAUUGUGGAAGAUCCUGAAAUGCGAUCUGCCAGACGACGACGUGUGGACGGCGAGCUACCUUUGUCAUCUAAGGGUGAAUGA